UGUACCUCCUGAAUACUUCCUAGAACGUGCUGUGUUUAAGGAAUGACUGACGUGAAGAGGAAGUCUUUAGACAAGUCUGGUGGUACUGAGAGUUGCCGUGCCAUCAUGGUUAUUUGCUGUGUUCCUGGAUGUACCAAUGUAUCUGCAAAGGGGAAAUAUUUGAAGUUUCACAUGGAAAUUUUUGUCACAUGGAUAAACUUUAUUGCCAUUUAUUUGAAUGACGUUGACUGGUAUUUGCCAAGGGAUACUCUACAUCGAAGUCUACCACAGUCAUUUAGAGAGACUUUCCCAAAAAAGACAUGCAUCAUUGAUGCAACAGAACUAUUUACAGAACGUCAUUCAGAUAGGGACAGGGACUAA